AUGUCGAUCCCCUUAUCAUCAGCAGCAACCCCGCGUGGCACUCGCAGUCUGAACGUUCCCGCAACGCAGAACACCGCGCCCGUCAUCAAAUUUCGAUGCCUCUUCACUCAUGAUGUCCGACGCAAAGCGAAGCGCUGGCACGAUGGGUUCCUCCGCUAUCAUACAUUCAAUAAGCGGGUCAUGGUCUACGAUACCACCGGCUAUUUUAUCGGAGAUUUGCAUUGGCGACAGGACGACGGGAUUCAGGACGGAGACGAGCUGGAGCUGGACAAAGGCGUGCUGAUCCAAGUUUGUGAGCCGGUGGAGCAGACACAGACAGACCUGUCGACGCUGUACAACAAUAAGAAGAAGGCGCAGGAUUCACCGACCCAAGCAGCGGAACCGUCAGCUCCCACACUUCGUGCCUCUGCUCCGGUCCGGUCCUCGAUAUCCUCCCAACAGCCGCGGUCCCUCAAUGAUCUCCUAGGCAUUCGAAAAACACAUGCUGGCUUGUCUGUUUCGCCCUACGAGGAACGUCAACGACAGAAACAGAAGGAAGACAAUCGGCUAGCGUCUGAGAGAGCGGCAAAGCGUCAAAAGACCACCCCGGCUCAUGUACCGACUGAGCAACAACCAAGACGCUCGGUCGCCAAUCCCCCGGUGCUCAUCGAUUUGUCUGAUUCACCAGAUGAGAACGCGCCAGAAAGACGACAGAAGCCGAACAAACUCCCAGAAAACGUCUCUCUGCAGAAGAAGAACCCAGGGUCAAAUGGGCCUGCUUUACCAGUACCAGUCGUUGACAAUGUUGAGCGCGAGGUCGAGAAGCAUCGAAACUCGUCAAACAACGCCCCAUCUUCAGCAUCAAGACCACCCUCCGCGCACUCAACUUCGGAGGUGCCAACUAGAACACUCCGCUUACCCACAAGCCAGCCUCGUAAGAAGCUCAUGUAUCAGGCAUUGCUCCCUAAUCAGGCGCCUGGAAAAGCAGCAUGUACGGUGUCCUCAUCCGCUCGGGACAGGAAAAUCUUGCCAACUCAGUCGAGAUCGCAUGAGAGUAAUCCUUUUCCGACUCCGGAUCCUACCUCGACUAAUAUCGAGUUCAUACCGACUGAGUCCACCAUGUUCGUUCUAGAAGAGGUGGCUGACGAUUCAGUGCCCGGUCCACCCCAAAUUCUCCAUAGAGACCGGCCAGGGUCCCCUACAGCGCGAAGUGCAGUGGAUGCUAUGACGUCUGUAGCAAGGGCGCAAACCUUCCAACCAACAACGACCAACAAUCCUGGUCAACUGAGGUUGCCUGGAUCAUCCUCAGCCGACAAAAGUGCCGGGACGCAAAACAAUCAUCUUCCGAAAUCCACGUCCAAAGGACUCCGUAAAGCCCUCUCUGAUCCGACUGCGUUGACGACGAGCACCAGUGUGCAAUCACGGUCCCAACUGUCCAGUAGAUCGGUCGACACCUACCCGAUCGAGGAGAACCUGCCGGAACAGGGGCCUUGGACGUCCGAGGCUCUCGAUCUCUUCGAUUUCUGGCCGCCGGGACGGCCGAAACCCAGCUGA